GGUUCAUUUUCAUUUCUGAAUUUUUGAAAUUUAUCUCCCUUGUGGAAUCAGCUUCGGGAUUAGUCAUGUGGCCGGACAUGCGAAAACCCGGGCGUGAUCCAAAAAAAAAUUUUAUUGGUCUCGGUCUACUGUUCUUCGUUUUCGAAGUCCAAGAAAUGUGAAGAAGGCAAGAAAGGCUGGAAGCCUAGAAACUCUACUCUCCGUUUUGGUCUUUGGUUUGUGAGUUGUUAUGCUUUGCCUUUUCUCAGUGGUCAUCGUCUUUUCUGAAGAUUGGACUGGAGCAGCCCAACUCCAAGAUCCACAUUCUCGCGAUACCAAGUAGCCUCUAAGAGAAGAACUUGCUGGUUUCCAACACAUCAAAGAAACAUAAUGUUGCAGUAUCCAGCAUUCAUGACACAGUACCCAUGGGCCAUGAGGACGAUCCCAACAUCAUUUCUGCUGCCAUCCCAGUGGCCACAGCCCCAGAGUGAUGAGUUCCUCCUUGCCAUGGAAGAGUCUGAUUUUGAAGAUAAGUGUAAUGAAAUCAGAAAGAUGGGAAACAACAUCAAGGUGAUCGGGCAGACAACCAUUGACAAUGAUAAAGAAGACUUUGAUAAUGACGCAGAUGACGAUGACGCCGACAAUGCUGAGGAAUCUGAUGGUGAUGAUUUUGAGCAGGAAACUGGCUGACAUUGCUAUGCGUCUCUGUUCUCUGUUCUCCUUGGAAUGUUGAUAUGCGUUCAUUUGUGUGUUGGGGGCUGAUCUUAACUUGCCCAUCGUUGACCUGUUUAUAUAAUGGUUGUUGAAUUUAUAUUUCAAUCUGCACUGCAUAUUAGGUUGCCUAUCUUUAUGAAAUCAUGUUGUUUUUCUUUGGAUAUGUUCAAAGAGUGCAGGGAAUGUUAAUGUCAAA